ACUCCCUACUCCCGCUUCAGCACUUUCUGGGCGCUCCGCCAUGAGAGCGCGUCUUUCGCAGCUGACUUCGGCGUGAAAGGCUUGAUCUCCUAAAGCCGCAGGGACCAGCAGCAGCUUCUGCCAUUCGCGUGACCUCAGCGCAGUCUAAGUCUAAUUAUCACCACAAUGCCAUUCUCCCCGCUCCCUGCUCGCCGUCCGAUCAGUGCGCCGCGCAACAACACUCCCGGUGAUAGAUCUCGCCGGUGUCAGUUACCAUCUGACGCUUAACGCCUGACGGCUGACGGCUGACGUCUGACGCCUGCAAGCACGCGUUUCGCGCCGAGAGUAACUCGUCGACGACAGAGCAAUGAGGCGGAAUCAGCGUUCCCAGUGGCCCCUCGCCCCCUGGAGCUGCUGCUGAAGAGCCUAGACGUCUCUGCUACAGAUUAUUUUUGAGUCGACUCAAAAAUCAGCUGCUGCUGAAAAGCCUAGGCGCCGCUGCUACACCGCUUUGAGAUGUCUCAAAACACGAUGGCUCCUCGCCCCCUGGAGCUGCUGCUGAAUAGCCUAGGCGCCGCUGCUACAUCGCUGUGAUUGUAUCGUCGUAUUUAUGUUGCCAUGCUCUCUGUUUCGCCCUCCGCCUGAUAAGCGGGCGUGAAACGAGACGCGUCGGUCCGCCCAGUGUGGGUACUAUCGUCUAGGUGUUCCGAGCUGUUAGUGACUGGCUUAAUCAGCUGUUUCGUGCUAAACCAGCUUAAUCGGCCUCUACGUUCUCCUCCUGUUCUCUUCGCACCUGAGCUAUUGACUGUUCCUCUUCGCGGGGGAGCCGGAGUGCGCGGAGUGCGCUCGUGCGCGGAGAGUGAGCUCGCGCGCGGUGCAUGCGCGGAGAGCAAUGGCCACCGCUGUGCGGACGAGCAGCAGUGGCAGCGGAGGGACCGCUGGCCGGGGCGACGGUGGAAGCAGAGGGCGCGCGGGCGGCGAGGGAGAGGAGACGAGGGGGGUAGGUGAAGGUGACAGAAACGAGGGGAGGCAGAAAACGGAGGAGGGGAUGCCAAGGGCGACUGGUAGUAGCGACUAUUGCAGUGAGAAUAGGGAUGGUGGUGAUGGGGGGUUGGCAGACCCUGGGACAGGCUUUGAGGCGUCGCAAGAAGCGUCUAGAUUCACUGAAUGCGGAGUGGGGGGCAUGAGGCGGUCGCAUGAGGCGUUCGCAUUCACAGAGCAAGGAACACCAGACGGAGAGAGGGAUGGGUCUGUGAGUGGGGGAGCGAGUGAGGGAGCGAGUGGGGGAAUGCGUGAGGGAGUGAGUGAGGGAGUGAGUGAGGGAGUGAGUGUACGUGAAGCUGGACGGCCAAGAGGUGAACCGGAAUCGGGUGCACAGAGUGGGGGAAGGGAAGUGGGCAGGCUGUCAACACAGGCACAAGGCGGGGAAGAGACUGACGGGAGAUGCGGGAGUCAAGAAGCAGGAGCAGGAGGAGGAGAAGGGAACGGGGAAGUGACAGGGGAAGUGACAGGGGAAGUGACAGCGCUAUGUACGGGAGAAGAGAAGCCGAAGGAUGCUGCGUAUAGGGCAGUGGAGAAACGGGGUGAGGAGAAGGGAGGUGAGAAGGGGAGUAAGAAGGGGGGGUCUGACGAGAAAGAAGCUGGUGCUUGUCGUGGUAGUGAGGGAGAGAAGGCUGAUAUGCUGACGCAAGAGCAGUCGCAGCAGCAGAUGUGUGUUGCGGCACAUGCACAGGCGCAUGCACAGGCACAUGCACAGGCACAGGCGCAUGCACAAACACAAGCGGGCAUGGCAGAUACAGCAGCGAAUCCACCUGCAGCAGCAGUAACGACCACCACAGGCAGUGUAUCUGAGGCAUCAGCAAUCGGUGCUAGGGCGGCAGCAGCAGCAGCAGUGGUGCACGGAUGGUCGGAACGAUGGAGCGAGCUAGCCACGCUGAGAGCUGACAGGUUCGCCACGGAGCAGCAGCUCUCAGCAGCAAGCUCGACGCUGAGCACGUGUCUGCGGCGCCUGCACCUGCUGCGCCGCAGGGAGGACCAGCUGCUGCUCGAACUGCGCCUGCGCUCCGCCUCCUCCAACCUCCUGGGAGGAGCAUCUCUUGCUGCUGCAACUCACACUGCCUCUCCAGCAUAUGUAGCACCGACAGCAGUAGCAGCAGCCGCAGCAACAGCGGCAGCGGCGGCGGCGGGGGCAGCAGUAGCAGGAGGAGGAGGACGAUCAGGAGGAGUAGCAGGGGGAUCCCAGGCUGCCUUAGCAUCAUUAAGGGGUGACGUGGCGCAUGUGUUAGCACCAUCAUCACCAUUACCGUUUCCAGCAGCAGCAACAGCAGCAGCAGCAGACUUUGGGUCCCCUCCUGCUUUCCCCCAUCAAUCUCACCCCUUCCACCCACAGCAGCAACAGCAGCAGCAACAGCAUCGGUCCUCCACAUCUACUCUUAGGGCAGGCCCCCUUGCCCCUCUCUCCAUCCCCCCCCGCCCUCCCCUUCGCUCCCACUCCGGGGCAGGAGGAGGUGCGAGAGGAGGUACGGGAGGAGGUACGGGAGGAGGGGAAGGGGGAGGAGGAGGGGCAGCAGCAGAUGGAGCGGUGGAAGGAGGGGUGAGAGGAGGAGGGGGAGGAGAGGGUGGUGGUUUGGCAUCGUCUGUCGGACGCAUGGAAGCAGCACAUACUCUUGAUGCUGCUGCUUCUACUGCUGUUGCUGGUGCUGGUGCUGGUGCUGGUGCUGCUUCUACUGCUGGUGCUGGUGCUGGUGCUGCGGCUGUUACUGUUGCUUCUGGUGCUUCGGCUGUGGCACUUGCAGCUGCAGCAGCACAAGCAGCAGCACCACCUGCUGCUGCCUCUGCAGCUGCAGCGUUAGCAGCCACAACAGCAGCGCCAGCAGCAGCAGCAGCAGCAGCGGUGGCGGGAAACCGCAGUGGAACAGCAACAGCAGCAGCAGGAGGGCAGGUGGUUGGUUCUCUGUGGGAUUCCCCUCGUGAGGUGGUGGUGCGGACUGUGUCAGCGCGCGAUGCCAGUAUUUCAAGUGUCCUGCACUCCCUGGACGCUGUAAGACGCCAAGUCGCCUCCUCCUUCCGCCCCUCCGCAGCAGCAGCAACAGCAGCAGCAGCAGCAGGGCAGCAUGGGGCAGGAGUGAAGCAGCUUGGGGCAGCAGCAGGGCAGCACGCGAAGACAGCAGGGCAGCAUAGGUCUGCUGCAGAAGUGUCAGCAGGAGGAUCAGCAGCAGCAGGAGUGGCGCAGUCAGCAGCAGGGAGGGUGGUGGGGCGUUCCAGGGGAAGCGCAGAGAGUUCCCCUGUGCAUGGGAGGUCCAGGGAGGGGUUGGAUGGACGUUCAAUGGGGGGAGGGGGUGGAGGAGAGGGAGGAAAGGGUGGAGGAGAGGGAGGAAGGAGCGAUGGUGGUGCUGGUGGGGAAUCAGAAAGAGUAGCAGGAGGGGCAGCAGCAGGUGAAGCAGCAGGAGCAGCAGCAGGCGCAGGAGCAGGUUCUGUGCUGCUGCCUGGAGUUCAGUACAAGGUGGAGGCAGGGGGGCCAGGGGAAAAUGCAGCUUUUCAUGGCACGGGAGCAGGGGGGCCAGGGGAGGCAGGGGCUGGUGAGCCUACCUUUGCUGGUGGGAGUAGCAGCCUUGAGGAGUAUGCUGCUGUGAGCCGUGAUGUUCAGACAGGUGGUUCCUCGGCUGCUGGUAAUGCUGCUGCUGCCAGUGGUGAUGCUGGUAAUGGCUCCGCUCAAGACCUACCUGGUGCAGUUAUGGUACCAAAUUCCUCCCUCACUCCGCCUCGUAUGCCUCCUCACACCCCAUCAGCAUCAGCAGCACCAGCAGCAGCAUCAGCUGCAGGCAGAGGCCUCUGGCCAAACCCGUCGGCCUCUCCCACACCAUCCAUCCGCUCCCUAGGCCCCAUCCCCUCCCCAGCGUCCAGCAGCAUCAUCCCUCUCAACCCAUACGCACUGCACAACAUCGCCAUACGAGCCAUCAGCAGUGGCAGCUACCGCAGCGCCCCCUCCCCCUCCGCCCCCCGCUACAUAGUCUCCUCCCCCGCCCCCUCCCCUAUGGCCGCCUCCCCCUUCCACUACACGCCGACCUCUGCCGGCCAUUCCAAAUUCGGCGCGCAUUUCGCGUAUGGGAACCGUGCUUGGUCGGGGAGCGGGCAUAACGGCACCCCCUCGGGAUCUUCGGGUGCGGGGGGGGGGAGUAAGAGUAACACGACUGCGACCACCACUCCCACCACCACCAACAGCACCACUGGGUUUUCCCCUGAUGGCCUCCCUGCUCUCCCUCCUUUUCUUCCUUCAGAGUAUUUUGUAGCGACACUAGGUGUAGACCCGAAUGUGGAUCCGAAUGCAGAUUCAAAUGGGGAGCAGAGUGGGGAGUAUGAUUUGAAUAAGCAGCUUUUUUACGCUGGUGGGGCGGCGUCUGCGUUUGAUACUUUCGCUUUUGCGGCUGCUCCAGAUGCCGGUGGUGCUUCCACUUCUGCUGCUGCUGCUGCUGCUGCUGCGGGUGGUGCUGCGGGUGGUGCUGCUGGUACAGUCCCAUCCACUGCUGGUGCAUCUCUUGCUGGUGCCAUUUCUUCCAACCCUGCGCUUUCCUCUUCUGCUGGUGCUGCUGCUGGCGGCUCUACUGUAUCUUCUGCUGCUACAGCUGCUGCUGCUGGUGGCUCCAACCCUGCCACAAACACGAGCACCAUCCUUCCAACCACCACUAGCGCUCCUGCUACCGGCCAUUCCUUCUCCUCCCACGCCUCCCUACAUCAAGAUCCCUCCACCCUGCCACUAUCGUUCGACCACUUCCAUUCUCCGCUGGAUAGCUUGCAGGAUUACCUCCCGUCCUCAAGACACUCAGGCUCAGCCACACUCGUCUCCUCACAUCAUCUGGGUGUUGGAGGUCAGGAGGGCCGAAAGGGAUAUGUACCAGCACCGGCUGACCCCUAUCACCAACCCGGCACCAGUGGCAUCACUAGCAAAACCUGCAACAACACCACUAGCAGCAGCAGCACCGCGUUUGCCGUCCGAGAGUCGCCAGGGUCCACGUUCCACUGGAAACCUUCCGAAGCCAGCACAGCUGCUGCUAGUAGCUCCGCAGAUGCUGACGCAUUUGGCCUGCUCUCGUCGCACUCCCUGCUGCCACCAGAUGAGUUUUCUACCGAUGCCUUCCCACCUGCAGCCUCCCUAGGUGGCGCUGGUAGUGGUGGUGGUGGCAAUGGUGGUGGUGUGGUUGGUGGCGGUUAUGAUGUGUCCAGUGGAAGCUCCAUGGGUGGGGGAGGUGAGGGGGGAAGGAAGGAUGAUGUGCUGGGUCUAGGCCUGCUUAGCGGGAUGACGACAGAUGGUGCAGGUUUCCCAGCUGCAGGCUUUCCAGAAACGCUAGGAGUAGUGGGAACAUCAGAAGCAGGAGCAGGAGGAGCAGGAGGAGGAGCAGGAGCAGGAGCAGGAGCAGGAGCAGGAGCAGGAGGGGCAGGAGGCGCUAUGGAGGCAGCUGCUUUUGGCCUGCAGUCUUUUCCGUUGGAUUUCAACGCACUCUUUAGCAUCUCAGGCGCUGCUUCUGCUGGUGGUGGUGUGCCUCUUGCUGCUUCUUCUGCCACUACCGCUGACACUGCCCAGCAUGCUGCCGCCGCUCCUGCUCCAGCUGUGCCUGCUGGUGUUCCUCCUCACUUUCCUCCAUCCCUCAUCCCACCACACUACUCCAUGCCUGCUGGGGCCAUGGCUGUCACUCAGACAGAGCUCUUGGGUGCUGGUAUGUAUGCCAUGCCAAGAGGCAUGGGCAUGGCAGGAGGAGGGAUGGGAGCAGUGGGAGAAAAGUCUCGGGUGGCAGGAUGGGGCAUGGGGACGAGCGGUGCUGACAUGGGCAUGGGGAUAGAGAGGAGGCUGGGUGUAUCAGGGGGGCACAUGCAGCCCAUGCAGCCCAUGCAGCCCAUGCAGUAUAUGCAGCAGCAGCAGGGGACAGUCUCUGCCAGACCCUUCGACACGCCUCAGCAGCACGGCGCAGGAGCACCAGCAGCAGCAGCAGGAGGACGAGGAGGAAGGGGGUCCUCAUCUGCCCAUCCACGGCAGUCGCCCCUGGACGUGCUCGUGCACGUGCAUCUGCCCAGCUCCACACACACCUCCACCAACGAUGGCGCCUCGGAGCGCGGGGGCGGCGGCGGCCAAUGGAGCACACCCUUCACUCCAUGACAGCCAUUAGGCAUGAGCUGUGAGGCAUGAGGCAUGAGCCAUGAUGCAUGUGGCAUGAGGCAUGAGGAGGCAUGAGGCAUGAGCCAUGAGCCAUGAGGCAUGAGGAGGCAUGAGGCAUGAGCCAUGAGGCAUGAGUCGUGAGCCAUGAGGCAUGAGGCAUGUGUCAUGAGCCAGGCAUGAGUCAUGAGCCACGAGGCACGAGGCGUGAGCCAUGAGCCAUGAGGCAUGAGCCAUUAGCCACAGCCCUUGCGCUUGCGCUCGCAUGUGCACCUCCUUGAGCUUUGCACGUGAUAGGUCUGAUGUGGAUGGAGGCUUGCACUUGAGUCGACUCAAAAGCUCUUGCACCUCCUUGAGCUUUGCAUGUCAUAGCGCGGAUGUGGGUGGAGGCUUGUGUUAACGUAGAAACGAAUGAUUACUAGAGGUGGAAACCUAGAACAAAUACUAGUUGGUUGUACUCACUAGAAGCAUACCUCAGUCUAGCCUAUAACUUCUAC